ACUCAUGGCUAUCGCCGUUGUUCCUUGUCGGAGGAUGAUUAACAUCGGAAACCCAAUUCGGCGAUUCUUAAUUCUCAACAAGCGGUUCUCCACCGAGUUAACUCCAACAACAACCAUCACGCCCGUAAACCAAGACCAUCUCCUCCGCGUCUGUACGAUCCUCUACCAGCAACAAAACUCGCCUGAUUCACGUCUCGACUCGAAACUCUCCUCCACAAAAUUUCAACUAACUCACGAGUUCUUCCUCCAAGUCUGCAACAAUUUCCCACUCUCGUGGCGUCCGGUACACCGUUUCUUCCUCUAUUCUCAGACUCACCAUCCCGAUUUUGUCCACACCUCCACUACCUCUAAUAAAAUGCUCGGAGUCAUUGGGAAAUCGAGAAACAUGGAUCUUUUCUGGGACUUGGCUCAAGAGAUCGGGAAGCGUGGAUUGGUUAACGAUAAGACGUUUCGGAUUGUGUUGAGCACACUUGCUUCUGCUCGAGAGUUGAAGAAAUGUGUCAGCUUCUUCCAUCUGAUGAACGGUUUUGGGUAUUUGUAUAAUGUGCAAACGAUGAAUAGGGGCGUGGAGACUCUGUGUAAGGAGAAGCUUGUUGAAGAAGCUAAGUUUGUUGUUAUUAAGCUGAAAGAGUGUAUCAAACCUGAUGAGGUUACUUAUAGGACGAUGAUUAGAGGGUUUUGCGAUGCUGGUGAUUUGAUUGAAGCUGCUAAGCUUUGGAAUUUGAUGAUGGAUGAAGGGUUUGAGGUUGAUGUUGAAGCUGGUAAAAAGAUUUUGGAAACAUUUUUAAAGCAGAACCAGUUCGAUGAAGCUUCCAAGGUGUUUUACGUGAUGGUUGCGAAAAGAGGUGGUGAUUUGGAUGGGUCUUUUUACAGGAUUAUGAUUGAUUGGUUGUGUAAAAAUGGUAGGAUUGAUAUGGCACGUAAGGUGUUUGAUGAAAUGCGUGAGAGAGGUGUUCAGGUUGAUAACUUAACUUGUGGGUCGAUAAUUUACGGGCUAUUGGCUAAACGGAGGGUUGCAGAGGCAUAUCAAAUGGUGGAAGGGAUUGAGAAUCCGGAUAUUAGUAUCUAUCAUGCAUUAAUUAAAGGGAAUGUGAAGAUUAAACGGGCAAGCGAAGCGACUGAAGUUUUCAGGAAGAUGAUACAGAGAGGAUGCGAGCCGAUAAUGCAUACGUAUCUUAUGUUGCUGCAAGGACAUUUGGGGAGAAGAGGAAGGAAAGGACCAGACCCGCUAGUAAAUUUCGAUACGAUAUUCGUUGGAGGUAUGAUCAAGGCAGGGAAACGGUUGGAAACAACAAAGUAUGUUGAGAGGACGUUGAAGAGAGGGCUUGAAGUUCCUAAAUUUGAUUACAGCAAGUUCUUGCAAUGUUAUUCUAAUGAGGAAGGUGUGGUUAUGUUUGAAGAGAUGGCCAAGAAACUUAGAGAAGUGAGCUUGUUUGAUUUGGCUGACAUAUUCCAGAGGUAUGGAGAGAAGAUGACUACAAGAGAGAGAAGGAGAGAUAGAUAAAUUAAGUUAUAGACAGACACAACAGUUCUGACAUUAUUGUAAAUACAAAUUUGAAGUUUCUUCUUUGUUUGGAAAGCAAUGGUUGUCUCAAACAAGUAGACAAAGAGAAAAA